GAGUGGAUCGAGAGGUGGACGGAAACGGGCGAUGAAGAUAUCCAACCUGCCCACGCCUACAUCCUGGUCUAUGACAUCUGCUGUUUUGCCAGCUUCGAGUAUAUCAAGGCUGUACACCAGCUCAUCGUGGCAAAAAGGCCCCCCGGCUCGGGCAAGGUGCCCAUCCUGAUUGUGGGUAACAAGCGGGACCUGCAGCGGUGCAGGGUGGCGCCCCGGCACAACGUCGCCGCCCUGGUGAAGCGCUCCUGGAAGUGCGGCUACAUCGAGUGCUCGGCCAAGUACAACUGGCACAUCCUGCUGCUCUUCAAGGAGCUGCUGAAGACCACCGGCUGCCUUGCCUCCAGGGGCGCCCACGCCUCGGCCUGCCUGCAGGGGGGGCUACGAACCAACCGCUGCAUCAUCCUGUAACCGGGCAGCGGGGGGCGGGGUGGGGACAGGGGGUGUGAGAGAGAGACACACACACACACAAAUACACACACAUG